CUGCUAUUGAACGAAUGGAUAGGUGCUUGUUUGGUUAAUUUGUGCCUGUAAAUAAAAUUCUGUAAACAAUAUCAGAUAAUACAAAUUUAGUUAAAAAUGUGAUUCAAUUGUAAUACAACUAUGGAUAACUCUAAUGGUAACAUGAAGGAAAGUGUGGACGUGUCUAAUGAGUUGUCAGUCUGUGCUGGUUGUCUAAAUCAACUGGAUGAUGAUGAAUUCAUCCAAGCCUUGAACCAAGAGUGGCAUACUGAGUGCUUCAGGUGCUCAGCAUGUGACGCAUCCCUAUCCUCAUGGUAUUUUGAAAAGGAUGGUCUGCUGUUUUGCAAGGAUGACUACUGGGCCAGAUAUGGAGAAUCUUGUCAGGACUGUAGUCAGAUUAUAACUGGUCCCGUGAUGGUUGCUGGAGAUCAUAAAUUCCAUCCUGAAUGCUUCUGCUGCACUUCUUGUGGUGGUUUCAUUGGGGAUGGUGAAUCUUAUGCUUUAGUGGAACGAUCUAAACUUUACUGUGGGUCAUGUUAUAAACGCCAAAUGCAGCCACUGAAGAAGACAACUAAGGCACCCUUCGUUAGAAAACCACACUCAAUCCGACUGGUUGAGAUUCCACCAACAAGUAACAGCACUCGAGGCAUCAAACUGUCCGUGGAAAGUGCCCCCCAUCACCCACAGCCAGCCGAAGCACAUUGUCCUGGACUUCGCAUAUCUCAGUUCGUACUAAACCUUGUGGGCAAGGUGACAAAAUUGGCAGCUUCGUUAAUCGAAGCAGCGUUCAGGCUUUGCUGCCUACUCUCGCGAUAUAGGUUAGAUGUCAGUAGCGAAUUGAUGUCUCUUCACAUAGGUGAUCGGAUUCUGGAAGUCAAUGGCACACCUGUCAAAGACCAGCCCAUUGAGAACAUUGAAAAUCUAAUACGUCAUUCAGACACUGUUCUUCAGCUAACAAUAGAACAUGACCCUGACUCGGUUAGUCGGCGGCGACCCGUUAUGCCUCCGCCCCUCACCCUUAAGCCUCCUGACAAGGAAAGGCUAUUCAAACGCAAGGACGAAGGCUAUGUGUCAGGAUCACGCUCCUCACGCCAACUGCGCCGUGGACGCACCAACAACCAGGAGCGCUCCUCUUCUACCUCCAGGCUACUUGAAGGAUCACCACCCACACUGCGUGAUGGCUGUGAUUUGUCACGUACCCGCUCUUUCCGAGUUGAGCCCAAGAACCAGAGAAUAUUCAGGGCCUCCGAUCUGGUCAAAGGGAGGCUGCUAGGCCAAGGGUUCUUUGGCAAAGUGUACCAAGUAACUCACAGGGAUACUGGUGAAAUAAUGGUCUUAAAGGAACUAUACAGGGUCGAAGAAGAUGCCCAGAAAAACUUUCUUAAAGAGGUGGCAGUACUUAGAAGCCUUCACCAUAACAACGUUCUGAGAUUCAUUGGUGUCUUAUAUAAAGACAAGAAGUUACACCUAGUGACUGAGUUUAUAUCUGGUGGAACUCUAAAGGACUUGAUCCAUGAUAUGGCUGAACCCCUCCCCUGGGAACAGAGGGUCAGUUUUGCCAAGGAUAUAGCUGCUGGCAUGACCUACCUCCAUUCCAUGAACAUCAUCCACAGAGAUCUCAACUCCAAUAACUGUCUAGUCAGAGAAGACAAGACUGUAGUAGUAGCCGAUUUUGGUCUGGCCCGAAUCAUCUCCCAGAGCAACUCGGAACGGGGCUCAGGGAUAAGUCGAAUAGGGGCUCGAAGAUUUGGCACAAAAACAGGUCCCAACACCCAUCGCAAAUGUGAGCGCAAGAAGCGCUAUACAGUCGUCGGAAACCCUUAUUGGAUGGCCCCAGAAAUGAUGAAAGGCAACAAGUACGAUGAGAAAGUGGAUAUUUUUUCUUUUGGAAUUGUACUAUGUGAGAUCAUUGGAAGAGUGAAUGCCGAUCCAGAUUAUCUUCCAAGAUCUUCAGAUUUCGGUCUGAACCAGAACGUGUUUCGAGAAAAGUUCUGCUCAACUUGUCCAGAACCAUUCUACAGGAUAGCAUUUCUUUGUUGUGACCUUUUACCUGAUCGAAGGCCACCCUUUGAAGUGAUGGAGGUGUGGCUGGAAGGACUCGCAAUGCAUAUAUCUGUUGGGAAAACUUUGCCUCAAGAUUUGGAGUUUGAUAUUUAUCAUUAUACAGGACGUAGUGGGAGCUCAUCAGAGUCGACCACGCCCGAGGUAGCCACACCUGAAGUCUUACGAACAUCUAGUCCAGUCCUAACUUCGAUCCAUGAGAAGAAAUCGUCUAGUCCAGAGUGCCACUUUAAGACUGUUGAGACAACGGCACUCUAAAAUGCUCAAUGUUGAUAUGGUAUAUUAAGAUAGGUUAUAACAGGGCAAAUAAGACUUGAACAAGAUAAUUUGUUUUGAAGACGCUGUUGCGAAUAUGUUUUUCGCUAACUAAACAAUGUGCAUUAUUAGUUAUUGUAUAGUUGAAAAAAUGUAGUUAACAACCUGAUGAGGUGUGUAAUCUCAUACUGAAUCUCAUGUAAAAAAACAAGUGCUUGUAAGUUUUAUACAAACUUUCUUGUUGUAAGGUCUUAUUUCUCAUAAAGCUAAAUAUUGUAAUAUUUCUGUAAAACUUUAUACUGUUAAUAAUAUUAACAAAUACCAUGUGUAUUUUAUCAAGUAGUUUUAGUAGUAUUUCUUUAAUUAGGCAAUUUACUAAUAAAUACAAUUUUUAUAUCUAA